AUGAGCGUGAUUUCAGCCUUUGCCACAACGCUUUCAGCCCUUGCAACAAUGGAAGGAGCGACGGACACGUAUACCAACCCGUCCUCCUCCACUCCUUCUUCUUCGCCAUAUUCCAGACCUAACAGCAUGACCUCUCCCUCCUCCACUUGCUCCUCCACCUGCUCUUUCCAAGCUCACCACACGCUUGUUUGUCACUGCGAGGAUAUGAGAAUUUCGGGGAGCUCUCAAUCUCGAAUCAUGCCCGACAACGUCGCCGAAGAUCUCUCCUUUGACCGCCUCACGAUUUCUGAUAACGAGGACCUCGAACGCCUCAGGAGUGCAGCCAACGGAAAGACCGCUAUAACUGCAACUCACCGCGAGCUCUACGAACGCGAGCUUCAAAUCAAAGAAAACAAGUCGACGGAUAACGCAGAGCAAGCCCAAUCUGCCGGACCCGGACACAAUCGAUCCCAAGCACAGAUUCUGGCCACCAAAGUCGAUGCCUCUCACGCUCGUAUGCCACAAAACGGGCCCGGUUACGUCCAACCACCAGCCCAAUUCAAGAAGUCUCCAGCCCAAAUGAUUGUUUGGCGCCACAGUUGCUGGCGCGGUGCACUUCCAGACACCGGCCUUGACGUCUCUCAUGAUCAAUCGCCACGCAACGAGCAACAUCCUGAUGCUAAAUUACUCCACAGAAUGUCAGAGUUCCACAUGAAGAUCUUGGAAGAGUGCAAGCUCCAGACGCUUUCUCUGAUAGGCCAAUACGAAGACCUCGACGAGCAGGUUGAGCCAGAUAUCGACAACAUGAACAUUGAUGAGCUGGAGGCCGCGUGGAUCGCAGCAAUGAAGCGCGACCUGUAA